GCCAUUUUCCGGCACCAUUCCUACCCGGUCCGGACAUGCCGUGCGGCUUGCAUGAACCCGAAAGUUACCACCGCCAACCGGCCGCUAAUCCGGCCGCUAAUCGGAAAGCGGAGUAUCGCCGCGGAACCAAUCGGAAUAGCCCUCCCUUGACCAAAGACAUUUUGCGGACCAUACAAGUCGAUCAAAUAAGUAAAUACUUGAUGUUACAGUCUCACUAGUACACUUCUUUUUUCAGCCACAUAUUUACGAAGAGGUCAAGUCUAACGAAUUUAGUUGGCGUAUUUCGAAACCAGGUGUCAGAAAUAAUUCAUUAGUGGGAUGUUUUCUUUUAAACCCUUGCUAUAUUUGAUGUGCAGGCCGUGUGAUCAAUCCGUAGCUCUUCAUUUAAUUUUUCUCGUCGUUGCAAACACUAGCUAUCGUACACAAUCUAAUCUGAUUAUCAGUCUACCUUAGAGUCUCACAACUACCAAAAUGACCAUUCUAUUACUUGGUUCAGGAGGCAAGACUGCCAGUCGCAUUGCACCGCUCCUCCACGCUGCCAACCUCCCAUUUCUUUUGGCCUCACGCCAUAACUCACAAACAAACCCCCACCCACACGCAUACUUCGACUGGACGAAAGAUGCUAGCUACGCGAGUCCCUUCGAAAAGGCGCUCAGUACGGGUAUUGGCCCUAUCUCGGCCGCUUAUCUUGUUCCGCCACCCAUUUUCGACUUGGCCCCUCCCAUGAUCAAGUUUGUGGACUUUGCACGCCAGAGAGGUGUCAAGAGAUUCGUCCUCCUUAGUGCAAGUACUAUUGAGAAAGGGGGACCAGCAAUGGGCCAGGUCCAUGCGUAUCUCGAGUCCCUUGGGAGUAUCGAGUAUGCAGUCUUAAGACCGACAUGGUUUAUGGAAAACUUUUCUGCCCCAAACGAGCUUCAACGAGCUGCCAUAGAGCAGGAGAGUCUGGUGUAUUCAGCAACUGGUGAUGGCAAGAUUCCGUUCGUCUCCGCGAACGACAUCGCCCGAGUCGGUUUCCGUGCCUUAACUGACGAAAAGUCCCAUAACACCGACCACGUCAUUCUUGGCCCCGAUCUACUGUCAUACGACCAGGUCGCGGCAAUUCUUACUUCUGUUCUGCACAGGAAGAUUACUCAUUUAGAGCUGACCGAGGCCGAGUUAGGGAAGCGGUUGGAGUCCGCAGGCAUUCCUGUAGACGAUGCAAAAAUGCUUGCUGGGAUGGACAUCAUCAUCAAGAAUGGCGCUGAGAACAGGCUAAACGAUGUGGUGGAGGCAGUGACAGGGAGACCACCGCAAAAUUUUAAUGAUUUUGUUCGGGAAAAGGAUAAUUGGGCUUAGUGGAGUCAGAUAUUUGGAUAUUUUCGACAAAAGAAGUAGAUACCUCUUUAGACUCGAAUAAUUGAUCACUUACCUUGCUCAA